AUGAAACGCUCAUUUACUGAAGAAAUGAUAAAAGUUAUCGAUGAUAGAUUUAAAAAGAUCAAUAUUGAUGUGUCCAAUUUUGGUUGGUUCUCUUGCCCAGCAACUCAUACUGCAACUGAAAAGGGAAGGCUGGUUAAGGACGAACUGAAAUUUCCAUUUAUUUUAAAAUCAAUUACGUUGAGAAAAAAUAGUAGGAUUGGUUUGUUCAAGAAAAACACAAUCCCAACUUCCCAAAGAGGAGAAAAGUUUAUACAAGAGUAUUUUAUCAAAGAGUGCGAUGCUAUUACAAGAGCAUUCGAUGAAAUACACUAUAAUGUGUUGGAUGUGCAUAAAUUUCCUCUUUUAGAUACGCGUAAGCCAGACUUCGUCAUUGUGAGCAAACAGGACCCACUUGAUCCUCUUAACGUUGUGGCUGUUGGUGAAAUUAGAGUGAUCACCGCGAAACAUGGGAUGUUUUCAAAUGCAGAUAUAGGUCAUGCCACAUCUUUUGGAGAGAAAUUACUUCAAUUGCAACCUCGCAGACCAUUUGUUUACGUUGUUCUUACAAAUUGUCGUGUACUUAUGUUAAUUUUUAUUGACAGAAGUGGUAAUAGUAAUCUCAAAUAUCAACGUACACCACUUGCAAAAUUGGAAUCGGAUAACGGUUCAGCAGCUGUAGGAUGGAAGCAGUUUGUCACGCUGUUGUCUCAAGAUCCAGAAACACUUGGCUGGGUACCAUCAACAUUGCAUCAUGAAGAUAAAGAAAUCAAAUUAGUGAGAUCAAUUGGAACAGGAAGGACAUCUGUAGUCUAUGAAGGAAUGUAUGAUAACAAUAAAGUUGCUGUGAAAAUGUUAAAGGAUACCAAAUUCAUUGAGCAAUUUCGAUGGGAGGAUUAUAUAAUGGAAAAAUUAGCUAACUUGAAUUCACAAAACUUACUUUCAAUGGAAUUAUCACACCUCGAUACUAAUGAUGAUGGUCCAAAAUUUAUUGUUUUAUCACCGCUAUGUAAACGAUUUAAAACAUGGAGAAAAGAAGACAUUUCUCCCAUCAUUGACACUCUAAGAAAAGUGCAUGAAUUAGGAUUCAUACAUCGUGAUUUUCGAAAAUGGAAUUUGUUAAGAGAUCAGGAUGAAAACAUCCGAAUUGUUGACUGGGGAUUUUCGGUGGAAGUUAAUAAACCAGUUUUAUUUGCUGGUUCUUUAGAAACAUUACCCAAUGAGGUAUUACAAGACAUUAUUGAUGGGAAGAAAAUCAAGUAUACGAAGGAAAUUGAGUUAAUUUCAAUGGUACGUUCUAUUUAUCUAAUGGUAUUUCGACCACCCUUGGAGCGCAUUCCAUUUGGAGAUGAUGAUAUUAAGGAGUGGGCAAAGGUAUACAAAGAAUUUUGGGAAGGUCAUUCACAGUCGUCAAUUUGGUCCAAAAUUCUCGAUGCAGCCAAACAGGCUGAUUAUGAUGGAUUAAAAAGUUUGUUAAUGAACCUAUUUUUAUGA